AUGACAGACGACACGAACGCGAGGGGAGCAUCACGCACCCGCAACAACCUCCCCUCUCGCCCAACAACACCCCUCCGCCCACACUCCCGCACAAGCCUCCGCGCCUCAACAACCACACCCACAACCUCCUCUAACUUCUCCUCUUCAGCCGUCCCCCUCGAAGCCCUGGAGCCAGCAUUCGGCGAACUCGCAGACGGCAUGGCCGACCUGGAAGCAAACAUGAUGCACCUCCAACUCCUCCACGAAAGUCUAAACCGCUUCAACGAAUGCUUUGGCGCCUUUCUGUACGGCAUGAACAUGAGUGCUUUCUGUGUGGACUUUCCAGAGGCUCCUGGGAUCGAGAGUUUUAGGCGUGCGGCUGAGGCGGCGAGGAAUCAGGCACAGCAGGAUAGUGCCAUUACUACUGAUACCAGUUUCGUCGAGAACCCGCCUACGCCGAAGACAACUCGAACGAACAGAUCCACCAUGGUUCCUCCAUCCACUACCUCGUCCAGGACCACUCGUGGCGCCAGCUCCAUAUCUAGAGGAAGGGGUACGCCUGCCGCUCGUGGUACAAGAGCUGGUGGUAUAGCUGGUUCGACAAGAGGCUCGGCCAUUGGGAGAGGAAGAGGCCGUGGCAUUAUCAGAUGA